CUUGCUUCACUCUUCUUCUCUUGUAGAGCUCCCCACUCCCAAAGAAGAAAGAUGAGAAAAAACCAUUUGCGCUAAAGACUGCUUUUUGAUAAAUAUAUAUUAUUUUUAUAUAUAUUUUUUCGUCCAGUCUUCUUCUGGGAAUCGUUUUUUUUUUUUUUUUUCCCUUUUCAGUUGAUGUAUUCAAUAUGAUCAUGUUCAGGGUAAAGUAACGUGCAUAUGUUAUUUUUUGGUUAUUGCAUGGGUUACAAUAAUGUUCUGCUGAAGUUUUUAUGACAUAAAUUGAUUAUCGGAUACCUUCUCAAUGGGGGGAGCUUGUUCUAGGAAGAGAGACCAGCUAGAUAACGAAGACAGUUUGCCUAGAGGAGUAUCUGGAAAAUACUGUAAAAGUGGGAGUUCCAAAUGGUUGACAACUUCAUUUUCUCGACCUUUUGUAGACAUUGAUCCUCGACGAGGGAAAUGCCCUUCUCUUAUGGACUUAUGCAUCCGACGAAUAUGCAAGGAUAUAGAUCAAUAUGACAGUUUCAGUAUGCUUCCAAGGGAUAUUAGUCAGCUGAUCCUCAAUGAAUUGGUGUAUUCUCAGCUUCUAAAUAAUAUUUCAAUACAAGCUUUUCGAGAUUGUGCUCUCCAGGAUCUUCACUUUGGAGAAUGUCCAGGGGUGAACGAUGCUUGGAUAGAUGUCAUCUCCUCGCAAGGAUCCUCUGUACUUUCUGUGGAUCUUUCUGGCUCGGAAGUAACUGAUGGUGGAUUGAUGAACCUCAGGAAUUGCGCAAAUCUCCAAUCCUUAAAUUUGAACUUCUGUGAACAUAUAUCAGAUCGAGGACUGGGACAUAUUGGAGGCUUCUCAAGGUUGACAAGUUUGAGUUUUAGGAAAAACAGUGAAAUUACUUCUCAAGGGAUGAGCGUCUUUGCUCAUCUUGUAAACUUGAUCAGAUUGGACUUAGAGAAAUGUCCUGGCAUUCAUGGGGGACUUAUUCAUCUCCAAGGAUUAAGGAAGUUGGAGUCUCUUAAUAUCAAAUGGUGUAAUUGCAUCACAGAUUCUGAUAUAAAGCCUCUCUCCGGCCUAACUAAUUUGAAAGGAUUGCAAAUUUCAUGCAGUAAGGUCACAGAUGCUGGUAUUGCCUACUUGAAAGGACUGCACAAGCUUUCACUACUGAACUUAGAGGGUUGUCCAGUUACAGCUGCUUGUUUGAACACUCUCUCAGCACUUGGUGCCCUUCAAUAUUUAAACCUUAGCAGAUGUCACAUAACUGAUGACGGAAGCGAGCAAUUUUCUGGGCUUGGGGCUUUGAAAAUAUUGAACUUGGGGUUCAAUGACAUAACAGAUGAAUGUUUGGUUCACCUGAAAGGUCUAACAAAUUUGGAGAGCUUGAACUUGGAUUCAUGCAGGAUUGAGGAUGAUGGCCUUGUUAACUUGAAAGCUCUUCACCGUUUGAAAUGUUUGGAGUUGUCUGAUACUGAUGUUGGAAGCAAUGGUCUACGUCAUCUAUCUGGUUUGUUUAAUCUGGAGAAAUUGAAUCUCUCAUUCACCGUAGUUACUGACAUUGGCUUAAAAAAGCUGUCUGGGCUCUCAUCUCUUAAAUCACUUAAUUUGGAUACUCGCCAAAUUACAGACAUCGGACUUGCUUCCCUUACUGGUUUAGUAGGAUUGACUCAUCUUGAUCUUUUCGGAGCUCGUAUUACAGACUCCGGAACAAACUAUCUGCGAAACUUCAAGAACCUACAGUCCCUGGAAAUAUGUGGUGGAGGAUUGACUGAUGCUGGUGUGAAGAACAUUAAAGACCUGUCUUCCUUGAUGGUGCUCAAUCUAUCACAAAAUGGCAAUCUGACUGAUAAAUCCUUGGAACUAAUUUCUGGUUUAACAGGGUUGGUCUCUUUGAACAUUUCGAAUUCGAGAAUCACCUCUGCGGGACUACGACACCUGAAAACUCUGAAGAAUCUAAAGCAGUUGACACUGGAGGCAUGUCGGGUUUCAGCAAGUGACAUAAAAAAGCUUCAAUCUACCGACCUCCCGAAUCUGGUGAGCUUCCGCCCUGAGUAGCCGUGAAGAAGAAGAUGCCCUGUGAUUCAACCUGCCACAAAGGCAGAGUUGUAAAUAAUGAUAUCCAGGCAACAAGUUCUUAUCAAAUUGUACAUAGUUUUGGAUUUGUUUUAGGCCAUGAGCUUUCAAAGACCAAGUGUUUUUAGUGGUUUUCUUUCUUUUCAGUCUAGUUUAUUGGAAAAAAAAUUGGGUAAGAAAUGGUAGAACCUUGCAAGCCAUGGCAAAAAGAAGUGGUACCAAAAAAAAAAAAAAAGAAAAAGAAACUUCUGUAAAUACAUCUUCCUUCUCUGCUAAGGCAGUGGAGAAUGUGAAUAAUGCAGUUUUUAUUAUUAAGUUAUUUGGUUAAUAUGUUCGUUCAUGUAAAAAACUGGAAAUGGAUACUUUUCCACUUUAUGAACUACCCAUCUUGUUAUAAUUUAUUGUCAGAUGAUUUGGAUUUGUACAGUGAA